CAGAGUCGUUUACAACUGGUAUCAUUUCAUUGAUUUCAAAACUGUUUAGAGAGAAGGAAUAUGAAUCCGGAUAUAUUCCUCAACAGUGGCUGGAGCGGCAUGCUGCUGCGUCGGAAAACAUCAACAAACAUGGGACGUUUAGGAGGUCUUGUUUCAAUACGAUUGUAUCAAAGGUGACUCCGGUGUUAGCUGGUAUAAUUUCAUUCCUUGACACAAACAGCAAUAUGGAUUUGAUUAUGUGUAAUGAGCAAUGGAAAAGUUGUUUCUGGUUGAAAUGUUUGCAUCGAACGCACGCCCUUCCGCUUAAGUAUUAUGACUGCCACUCGCCAAAUAGCACUGAAUGCUUAGAAGAAAUGCUUGUUGCUUCUACCGGCUACGAAGGUCAUGAAUUCAAGCUUCGUCUACCGUUCUCAUGGGUGAUAAUACAUAUGGUGGACGAAGUAUACAGGAAUCAUGUAUCGGACACUGAAGACGAUGCAAACAGAAUUGACCUUUGUUUAACAACGCUCAACUCAGCAGCGGAGGGACAACUGUUGUCUGAUUUGAAAGACCUUGUUUAUGGUGGCGAUAGAUCUUCCAAGGAAAACGAUUCAUUAAAACAAGAAAUACUUAUGGAUUAUAUCCAUGACUUUGUACACACUGUUUACCAUGCUGAAACGGAGGCCGAAUUAAAUAUUGUAUGCGAAACUGUUCUGAUGAAAACGAUCAAGAUUUGCCAAGAUACUGGACAUCCUCUCGACAUUAAUAACCAAAUCGUUUGUGCCCGACUUGCGUUUGAAGAACUGGCAUUGAGACUAACCUACUUCAGAAGCAUCAAUAGUGUAUGGCGCGAGUGUAGCGUUAGAAUCUGCCAAAUGAAAGAGUCGAACCCGAAUCAUUUCAUGUUCAAAGAACACGAAUACACAUUUUCUACGCUGUGUCUGCUCAUUGAGGACUUGAAUCCUGUCGCCCAAGAACUAGACGACAAGUCUACGCGACAAAAGUGGCUAGGCAAAGUACAUAAAUACCGACCAGUCGUUGAAACUAUGUUGGCUAUCCCUAUGAACGAUUCCCGUGUUGGUAUCCAUAGCGAUAGUUCAAUAAAAAGUGCAAGAUCCAAGUGGAGCCGUGUCGUAGUCGUGAAGCUAUUCAUUGAGAACGUGUGUGCCAACGAAUCGGAAAAAAGCAUUACAAUCAAAUACUGUAUGCCACUGUGGCAGUUACUUCGCGACGAUGUUAAUCUCAGUACAAAAGAUUCAUUCGAGGCAGUGGAAAAGUUCCUAAAAAUCUGCAACAAGACAGCAUUUACAGAAAUAAUAGGCACGACCGUCAAGUGUGGUAGAUGUGAGGAUGCUUUGCAGUCGUCACCCAUAACCGUCCCUUGCAAUUCAAAGGACAUACUUUGCCAGAAAUGUUUUACAGAAAUGAAAGUGUUAGAGGAAUACAGAUGUCCAGUGUGCAAAGAAGAAUUGAACAAAGAAUGGGAACCCGACAUCGACGAAAAGAUGCGUGAAGAGAAAUGCGUGUCCGAGUAUCUUCGUAAGUAUAUUGAUCAGGCUGAACUAGACGAUGACGUUGGAGUACAAGAGCGGAUAGAUAUGUAUCUCCUGAUUGUUCAGUGUUGGGAGGCUGAAGUUUCUGACCGAUACAUAGUUGCUGGUCAAUCGUACAUACGCGUAAGAGAACUUUUGACACAGAUACUUCUUGGUGGGGAGAUCAGUGUCCUAGAAAACCAAUUGGAAACUAUGUUGUUGCCAACCAUGCCACAAGAUGAUUUGGAAGAUGUACAUCGUGCCGUUCUUAGGGAACAAGGAAAUGAGAACACGGCUGUCUACUGUGCGUUUUAUAGUAUAUAA